AUGCCCAAGGAGGUGCAUGCGGUGAAGACUAAAGCGGACAUUAAAAGUCCGUUCUCGAGAAUGUACAAAAACGCCCUUCCAACAACAGGCCACAUCAGUUCAACCUUGAACGUUGGAGACACCGUAUGCAUAGCUGACGAAAACCAGAACGCUGCUUUCCAGAGAGGAUGCACAGUUCAAAACACUCUAGAACGUUUUAAAAUCAAGAAGCUCGUCACUCUGCAAAAUAUUACAGUUUACAUCUUAGAAGAUUUAGCAGGAGAAGAAAUAAAAGGUACAUUCUACAGAGAAGAAUUAAUACCUACUGAAUUGCCUGAAGCCUACGACAUUGCCAUCUUAGGGAGUAGGAGGAGACGCAACAGAACGCAGUAUUAUGUUAAUUGGAAGGGUUAUCCUGCUCAAUUUAAUUCGUGGGUCGAUGAAUCACAAAUUGUGCGGACAUGA